AUGUCAGGAGAUAUGCUGAGGAUCACAAAUCCUCUAUAUUUCUGCUGCAGUCACUGGCUGCAGAAGACAGCGGAGCACGUGUUCGGCAGUGUGCUGUGCAGCCCUGGCUGCUUCAGUCUGUUUAGAGCAGAGGCGCUGAUGGACGACAACGUGAUGAAGAAGUACGCCACCAAGUCCACAGAGGCGAGCCACUACAUCCAGUAUGACCAAGGUGAGGACCGCUGGCUGUGUACUUUGAUGCUGAAGCAGGGAUGGAGAGUGGAGUACAAUGCAGCUUCUGAUGCCUACACCAACGCACCUGAGGAAUUCAAAGAGCUCUACAACCAGCGCCGGCGAUGGGGGCCGUCCACACUGGGCAAUGUGGCGGAUCUACUGGGCUCCACCAGCAUUGUUUCCAAGAGGAACCCAUCCAUUUCCAAACUUUUCAUGUUCUACCAGCUCUUUGCAAUGGUCUCAGGCAUUCUGGGACCUGCCACCAUCUGCCUUUUGGUAGCAGGUAGUUUAGUCCUCAUUUUUCCUGAGCUGAAUCCUGGCAGUGCUUUGGUCAUAUCUGUGAUACCUCCGGCCAUUUACCUGGGCCUUUGCUUCAAGCUCAAGGCAGACACUCAGAUCACUGUUGCAGCAGUCCUGAGCAUCAUCUAUGCGUUCCUCAUGUUGGUGGUGAUGAUGAGCAUCAUUGGUGCAAUGGUGAAGGAAAAAACCAUCCUAACACCCAGCAGUAUGUUUAUCGUCAUCAUGGCCCUCAUUUACAUCGUCACUGCAAUACUACAUCCUCAGGAGUUUCCUAUAUUGUUCUAUGGCUUUCUCUACAUCAUCUGCAUCCCCAGCGCCUACCUCCUGCUCACCAUCUACUCCAUGGUCAACAUGAACAACGUGUCCUGGGGCACAAGGGAGACAAAACCUGCUCCUGGGGCUGCCAAACCUGCAGCUACCUCCCCACAAACACCAGCACAGAAAGCCAAAGUCUCCUUCCAUCGGCUUUUCACAUGGGUCAAAUGUUGUAAAAUAUCGAGUCGAAGGUCUGAAGAAGGAGAGCUCGGAGAUAACCAGGAGAACCUGAGGCCAGAGCCUGAAUGGCCUGAGCCUCAGCCCCAGAACAGUAUCGUAGAAGACAUAGGAAUUGCAGAGGUGGAAGAGAGUCAAGUGGACCCUAUUCCAGAAACUCCCAAAUGUUGGAUCACAAUACUACAGGAAUUAUCCAGUGAUGUGAAACUGCAGGAGCACUCACUUGACCAGGACGAACAGGAGUUCUGGUGUGGGCUUCAGAAGAAGUACCUGGAGCCUCUGCCUGAUGACAAAGAGAAACAGAAAAAGAUUGCCAAUGACCUGCGAGAGCUCAGAAACAAGGUAGGUGUGAUCUAUGGACCAUAUCUGACAGGAUGCCAUUCAUUUUAA